AUGUCAGCGCUGCUUAAGAAGCUCUUGUUGGCGCCAGCGAACAUCCAGCUAAAUUACAAUGAAUGCAGCGGCCUCGGCACACGCAACCAUGCAAACUCCAACCACAGGAUCAGAGCAAACCCUGCGCUGGCCAAGACUGAGAAUUCAUGGAGCAAUAAAGCGAAGAGCACCUGCCAGCCACAAAAGCCACAAAGACGUCCCUGCUCAGAACUUCUCAAAUAUCUGACUACCAGUGAUGACCUCAGCCAGGCCAAGCAGACAGAAAACAGGCACAGCAACAGGGACAAAUACACUUCUAAAAAGAAGGCACUGUUGCAUUCUCAGAUGCAUCAUUUACAAGAGAACGAAUGUUAUGGGGCACCUGCUAAGCAGACCAAAUCAAUGAAUUUAUCACUUCCUUUGACGCCCGAGUCGCCAAAUGAUCUGAAGGGUUCUCCAUUUGAGAAGAAGACUAUGGAAGAAACUUUGAAUGCCGAACUCUGUGGAACUGCAGGCCUAACUCCACCUACCACCCCUCCUCAUAAGGCCACCCAAGACAACCCUUUUAGAACUUCACCAAAGCCCAAGGCGUCAUGCCAGACUGUUAUGCCACCUUCCCCGAAACCUCGUUGCAGUGAGUCUUCCAUCUCGCAAGGACACAAUUUGUUCUGGAAGGUUCCAGAGCAGUCGGAGCUGUAUGCGCAGCUGAGCAAGACCAGUGGGCCACCUGUGGGACAAGAGGAGAGGAAGACGAGGCUGCUUGGUCUGAGACUGUUUGGCGACCACGAUUACUGUCAGUCGGUCCUUUCCAAGACAGAACGAUGCCUCAACCGUUCCUUGGAACUGCAGAACUCCAGUCAGGUGGAAUUAACAGGCUGGUGGUGUCCCAUUUGUUCCUCCUUGGAGCAAAGCAAUCAGGAGGACGAGAGAGAAAGUUGGCAGGCGAGAAAGCUGGACUUACCAUGCAACAACCGGAAACUGCUCCAAGACCAGGAAAUCCGGGCCGAACUCAACAAGCAUUUCGGUCCCCCCAGCCAAGCUGUUUUUGAUGAAGAGACCAACAAGACUAGCAAUCUGAGGGACUAUGGUCAUUAUAGUGAUGAACAGUUCUCUAAGCUAUCUAUGUUUAUCAAUUCGGGGCUAGCGAUGGAGGGUUUCUUGGAGGACAGCGAAGAGGAAAACGAAAAGAUAUCGGGCUACACCUUAUUUGAUUUAUCACCUUCUGGUUCAUCCCUGGAUUCUCCGUGCAGAUAUUCAGGGUCCCCCCCCAACCCCUUUGCUCAACGGUUCCAAAGACUACGCUCUCAGUCCAGAUCCUUCCCGCAAUGCAGGCAUUGUUCCCAUGCUCCAUCUUCCCGGUCGAGGUCGAGGUCACCCGGCAAAUGCUCCAGAUACGACAGCUACGAGGAAUAUCAGCACGAGAGGCUGAAGAGGGAAGAAUAUCGCAAAGAAUACGAAAAACGAGAAUCUGAAAGGGCAAAGCAGAGAGAAAGAGAGCGGCAGAAAGCAGUUGAAGAACGUCGCGUCAUCUAUGUUGGUAGACUUGGAUCUGGUACUACUCGAACAGAACUGAGAGACCGGUUUGAAGUUUUCGGUGAAAUUGAGGAGUGUACACUGAAUCUACAAGAUGAUGGAGAUAGCUAUGGAUUCAUCACUUACCGCUAUACUUGUGAUGCAUUCGCUGCACUAGAAAAUGGAAAUACUCUACGCAGAGCCAAUGAACCUGCCUUCCAGCUGUAUUUUUGUGGACAGAGGCAAUCCUGCAAGGCUAACUAUGCAGAUUUUGAUUCAGACGAUUUCGAUCCUGCUUCUACUAAGAGCAAGUACGACUCCAUGGAUUUCGAUAGUUUACUCAAAGAGGUGCAACGGAGCUUCCGAAGGUAACAUUGGCCGUGGCGAAGGAGAGCGGGAAUUUGGCGGAAUACCUCACCAAGCAUCGUGCCGUUCGGUCAUAGCCCGUAAAGAAGCCAUCCUUCACCUGCAUCUCCCCCCUCUGCAUUUCUCCCUUACAAAAAAACGUGGUUUGCGCGGACACAAGUCGAGGCAGACGAAGAGAAGGCAGCUGGGACUGAUCACGACACGAGUGUAAUCUCUUUUUAAAGUUACGGUGCUGCUUUUCCAGGGUGAAGGAGGUGGUUGGGUUUUUGAGAAGAGGCAGCAGUUCCAUAGAGAUCGAGUCCAAACAAAACUUAGAAAAUAUGUACAUAAUGGCGCAUUUGUUUCUUUGUUUUCCCUGAAUGGAGCAAUUAGAAAACUUUUAGCUGCUGGCAUCUGAGAUACACAACUGUGUUUGGGUGCUUUAUUUUAUUUCAUUUCUUUCUUUUUUAAAAAACAAAUUCCCGUAAAGCAAGCUUCUCACAUUGGGUUGUUUUAAGAGGAUGACAAUCUCAAAAGAGAACGGCGGAUACUGCAAAACAACCCAUGCUCUGUUCUUGGGUUGCUUGUCAGGGGAGAAAAACGAAAACAGUGGAAGGUCGAAAAACGUCCUAGAGGGUUUUAAAAGUUUGCUGUUUUAAUUGUGACUUCCUUUUUUAAAAAAUUUUUAUUUAGUGUGUUUGUGUGUGUGUGUCCCCAAAACAGAGUGAUCUAACAUAGGGAAACUUCAAGAUCCUCCUUAUUAAAACAUCAGCAUGUGGGAUGGUUUCUUUUCUUUCUUCCUUGAUGAACCCAGACGGCGUUACUCUACAGAACCAUUGAGGGUAACCUUUACGGAGGAAAGGAGAAAAGAAUGUACCUGACUACAUUUGAGAAAUGGAGCAUUUUUAUUUCGUGUACAUAGUGUAUGAGAGAGAGAAAAAAGGACGCUCUCUCUCUCUCUCUCUCUUUUUGUUAGAGCUAUGCACUGUAAAUGCAGCGUUCUUUUAAACAAACAAAAAAAACCAAGUGAUUUUUU